AUGGGAACCUUGUUCUUGAAACAUGUCAAGAAGCAAGCAAGCUUUUUUCUGCAGGAGAAAUACAAAAAUGCGAGACUGGCCUUAACAGACGUUAGUCCAGCUGAAUUGUUGGCUGAGGAAGCAACCAAAAAUGAUCCAUCGAGCCCUGAUGCUAAAACGAUGACUAAAAUAGCUGAGGCAGCCUAUGGCGUAGAUGAUUAUUGGAGAAUUGUUGAUGUUCUUCACAGGAGGUUUGAUAAAAAUGAUUUAAAGGAGUGGAGGCAGGCUUACAACACAUUGGUACUUCUGGAGUUCCUGCUUACACAUGGGCCAGAAGAAUUCGCAGAAGAGUUUCAAUGCGAAAGCGAUAUAAUUGAAGGGCUUGGAGCAUUCCAAUACGUAGAUGAAAGAGGUAUCGACUGGGGUGCUAACAUGCAAAAGAGAUCAGAAUACGUAUUACAACUCCUCGACGGAGGAGAAACUUUAAAAGAUGCACGUUUUAAAGCUCUCAAAAUCAGCAAAGAGAUUCAAGGAUUUGGCAGUUUCCCCUCAUCACCAUGUUCAUCGUCAUCUCCUUCAUCUGCAACAUCUGAGUCGUCGAGAGCUUCAUCUUUUGGCUCGUAUUCUACUACCAGUUCCACUUUCAUCGAGGCAUUAUCCUUGACAAAAGAAGACUUAGACAACUGUGAAAUGCAUGAUCUUAAAAAACACAUAGACAACUAUCUUAAAAAAGACUUAGACAACUGUGAAAUUCAAGAUACUAAAACUACUUCACCUAAAAGCACCAAAGAAAUGGAAGGAUCCCACGUUUGGGAUUGCUCCUCGAUUCAGGAGAUGGGUUCUUUGAUAGAUUCUGAAGACGACCAAAAAAAAGAUAGUUUUAUUAAUGGAGUUUGCUCCAAGCUUGCUGGGAUUAAUCCUGCUAGAAAAAUUCAAGGUGAGAAGGAGCUGUUUAGGAGCAUUUCUGAUGUGGGGAGGCUGAUAAAGAAAAAGUAUAAACGCCAAUUUUCUGUGGGUUACUAA